AUGAAUUUCCUUUCCAAUGUAGUCGAUUCCAUCCCGGUGGUUGGCCAUGUCAAGGGAAUCGUCCAUUAUGCAGUUGGAGAUUGUGAAGGCGGGAACAAAGCUAUGUAUCAAGCCACUAGAACUUCGGUAGUUUUGGGAGCUGGUGCUGCUGGAUCUCUUGCUGGUCCGGCAGGAGCUGUAGCAGCUGCUAUGUAUGCUGGUGCUGUUACAGACACUGUUGCUUCUAUAACCCUGGAAGAGCCUCAAGGAAUAGUAAAAGGGUGCAAGAAUAUAGCAGAUGAUGUGAAAGGAGGGAAAAAUCCGAUGGGUUCGAUAGCAAGUACAGGGUUCCAAGUGGCAAUGGAUGGGGUGGGUGGUUUAGGAAUGGGUGGUGUUUCUAGCGCGACAAGUCAACUUUCAAAGAAAGCUGUAGAGACAGGUACGAAAAAUAUAGCGAAGAAGGUAGUUGAAAAGGCAGUGGUUCAAGCGGAGAUCGCUUUGGUGUCGAGUCAUGUUUACAUGCAAGCUGAUAAUCGUACUAAAGAUGAAGAAAAAGAACAGCGUGAUAGAGAGGAACGUGAUAGAGAAGAAAGGGAACGACAAGAACGACGUGCUAGGGAACAGCAGGAACAACGUGCUAGAGAAGAAAGGGAACAACAAGAACGACGUGCUAGAGAACAACAGGAACAGCGCGCUAGAGAAGAAAGAGAACAACAGCAAGGUUCUGAUAUUCCUGAAAGAAACUCUGGAUCUACACAACCUCCACGAAGAAAUAGAGGUAAUAGAAGACGAUCUAGAAAUGAUGAACCUGGCUAUUUUGCUAUUUUCAAGAAUUUAUUGAAAGAACUAUUGAAUGAUAUCUUCGGUGUGGAAAGACCAUAUACAAGAUCAAGAGCCUACAUUUCUCAAAUUUUUCAAAAUCUGUCACAAGGACAAAUUAAUUAUUUGUCAGACAUAAUCGAAAGAUUAUAUAACGGUGGAAUCUUAGACGAAGUACUGAGAUUAGUAAUUAGAAUGUUCUCAGAACAUUUCCCUGAAGAUAUAUCACUCUUAAAUUUCCAAAGUUUGAUGGAAUUUGUUGCGGUUUACGUUCAAGAAGAAAUAGAGUACCGAACUGAGGUUUACAGAUCCGUCGAGAUGAUAUGGAGAGAAAAUGAUAGGUCUGUUGUGAAGAUGGCUGCUAAGGACCUCAAAGAAACAAUUGUUUCAACUAUCAUAAACUUGGCUGAUAUUGUCAGAAUGAUUGUCGAUAUUUUUGAGAAUCUAAAAUCGGGCAUCGAGUCUGAACCGGCGGCUAAUAAUUUGUACCCGAACUUUCGAGACAUAUUCGCGGCAGUUUAUCAUUACUUUAAGCACCGAAACGUUCCUGGCGACGGAAUUCUGACGAUUGGAGAGUACUACGAAUGGAUAAGAAGAGUUUUGGAAGAACUUGGAGGACAACAACGAUACAGAGAUUUGGUGGAAGCGCAGACUGCCGGAGAUGUGAGAGCAAAUGUUAGGUUUGAGAUGUAUGUUGUUGUAUUUGGCAGACGUAUCAGGAUUGUUGUUAAAUUUGAGGGUGAUACAAUUAUAUUAGCAUCUUGUUUUGUUCGCGAUGCCACGUUCGAUGAUGAUGAAGAAGGAAUGGUAUGGAUAGUCAUUCGUCGUUUUUGA